CUCUGCCUCUGUGGUGGAUAUUGGAGUGUUUCCCAUGUGGUAUUGGUGUGCUGGAUAUCCCUUCACUGGUAGCCUGGUAACAUACACUCCAAGGUCUUUCUCUGCCUCUGUGGUGGAUAGUGAAGUGUGUCCCAUGUGGUAUCAGUGUGCUGGAUAUCCCUUCACUGGUAGCCUGGUAACAUACACUCCCAGGUCUUUCUCUACUUCUGUGGUGGAUAUUGGAGUGUUUCCCAUGUGGUAUUGGUGUGCUGGAUAUCCCUUCACUGGUAGCCUGGUAACAUAUAAUCCCAGGUCUUUCUCUGCCUCUGUGGUGGAUAGUGGAGUGUUUCCUAUGUGGUGUUGGUAUGUUGGAUAUCCCUUCACUGGUAGCCUGGUAACAUACACUCGCAGGUCUUUCUCUGCCUCUGUGGUGGAUAUUGGAGUGUUUCCCAUGUGGUAUUGGUGUGCUGGAUAUCCCUUCACUGGUAGCCUCAUAACACACACUCCCAGGUCUUUCUCUGCCUCUGUGGUGGAUAUUGGCGUGUUUCCCAUGUGGUAUUGGUGUGCUGGAUAUCCCUUCACUGGUAGCCUGGUAACACACACUCCCAGGUCUUUCUCUGCCUCUGUGGUGGAUAGUGGAGUGUUUCCCAUGUGGUAUUGGUGUGCUGAAUAUCCCUUCACUGGUAGCCUGGUAACAUACACUCCCAGGUCUUUCUCUGCCUCUGUGGUGGAUAGUGGAGUGUUUCCCAUGUGGUAUUGGUGUGCUGGAUAUCCCUUCACUGGUAGCCUGGUAACAUACACUCCCAGGUCUUUCUCUCCCUCUGUGGUGGAUAGUGGAGUGGUUCCCAUGUGGUAUUGGUGUGCUGGAUAUCCCUUCAGUGGUAGCCUGGUAACAUACACUCCCAGGUCUUUCUCUGCCUCUGUGGUGGAUAGUGGAGUGUUUCCCAUGUGGUAUUGGUGUGCUGGAUAUCCCUUCACUGGUAGCCUGGUAACAUACACUCCCAGGUCUUUCUCUGCCUCUGUGGUGGAUAGUGGAGUGUUUCCCAUGUGGUAUUGGUGUGCUGGAUAUCCCCUCCCAAGGUGCAGAACUUUACAUUUUUUCCUCAUUGCAUUGUAGCAGCCACUUUUUGUUCCACUCCUAAAGCUUGGUGAUGUCUUCUUGUAGGAAAUCCACAGUCAAGGGGUUAAAAAUAGGCCUUUCUGACAAACUGUUGCAAUUUUUAUAACACUCUUACUUCCCUUAUAAGAUUAUAUUACGUUGUUUGUCUGUCCACAACACAAGUCCUACAGCAAUACUUCCUCUCCACAACACAAGUCCUACAGCAAUACUUCCUCUCCACAACACAAGUCCUACAGCAAUACUUCCUCUCCACAACACAAGUCCUACAGCAAUACUUCCUCUCCACAACACAAGUCCUACAGCAAUACUUCCACAACACAAGUCCAGCAGCAAUGCUUCCUCUCCACAA